CUCUCUUGGCGGCAGCUGUGGGGGGUCCGGGGCGCUGUAACCCGAAACCUCCCGCCCCUGAGUGCAGCGGAGGAAGGAGGAAGCGGCUCGGGCCGGCGCUGACCAGCAUGUACUGUCUGCUCUGUCAACGUGUGCUCUGACAAUGAGCAUCAACUCCUCCCUCAGCAAUGGGAAGGGCCUGAGAAACCUCACAGCGCAGGAAGACGGGGCAGUCAGAGUCACCGAGUCGAUUGCUAUUAUUGUCAUUGCUAUUUUCAUCUGCUUGGGCAAUUUGGUGAUUGUCGUCACCCUCUAUCGGAAGUCUUACCUCCUUACGCUGAGCAACAAGUUUGUGUUCAGUCUGACACUGUCCAACUUCCUUCUGUCUGUCCUGGUGCUUCCUUUUGUCGUCACCAGCUCCAUCAGGCGGGAAUGGAUCUUUGGAGUAGUUUGGUGCAACUUUUCUGCCUUGCUCUAUAUGCUGAUCAGCUCGGCCAGCAUGUUAACUCUUGGUCUCAUUGCUAUAGAUCGGUACUAUGCUGUCUUGUAUCCAAUGGUGUAUCCAAUGAAGAUCACAGGAAACAGAGCAGUUGUAGCCCUUGUUUACGUGUGGCUACACUCCCUCAUUGGCUGCCUUCCUCCUCUCUUUGGCUGGUCUUCCUUGGAGUUCGAUCAAUUCAAAUGGAUGUGUGUGGCUGCGUGGCAUAAGGAGGCAGGCUACACAGCCUUUUGGCAGAUCUGGUGCGCUUUGCUGCCCUUCCUGGUUAUGAUGAUCUGCUACGGAUUCAUAUUUCGCGUGGCUAGGAUUAAAGCACGCAAGAUUCACUGCGGUAGCGUGGUCAUUGUAGAGGAGGACACUCAGAGGAAUGGGAGAAAGAACUCUAGCACCUCUACCUCCUCUUCGGGCAGUCGAAGGAAUGCUUUCCAAGGGGUUGUCUACUCAGCCAAUCAGUGCAAAGCUUUCAUAACCAUCUUGGUUGUCAUUGGUGCUUUUGUGAUCACAUGGGGGCCCUACAUGGUAGUAAUUACGUCAGAAGCACUUUGGGGGAAAAAUAGUAUUUCUCCUGCUCUGGAGACAUUAGCAACAUGGUUAUCUUUUUCAAGUGCCAUUUGCCAUCCACUGAUUUAUGGACUCUGGAACAAAACAGUGCGCAAAGAACUAUUAGGAAUGUGUUUUGGGGACCGGUAUUACCGGGAGUCAUUUGUUCAGCGUCAUAGGACAGCCAGAUUAUUCAGCAUUUCCAAUAGGAUCACAGAUCUGGGACUAUCUCCCCAUCUCACAGCUCUCAUGGCAGGUGGGCGGCCUUCAGGACACAGCAGCAGCACAGGGGACACUGGUUUCAGCUGCUCUCAGGAUUCAGGGACAGAUGUGAUGCUGCUUGAGGAUUAUAGUUCGGAUGGUGCUCACCACCCACAUUGCGUUUAUCCCUAUCGACGGAGGAGUUCGGUGACAUUCGAAGACGAAGUGGAGCAAAUCAAAGAAGCUGCAAAGAAUUCCAUUCUCCAUGUAAAAGCUGAAGUCCAUAAAUCAUUGGACAGUUAUGCAUCCAGUUUAGCCAAAGCUAUUGAAGCUGAUGUGAAAAUCAGCUUGUUUGGAGAAGAUGCUUUACCAGGAUCUUUGUUUCCUUCACGAACUGUACCAGGCGGCAAUGUGGGUGCACGGCGUGGUGGCAGAGCCCAGGCUGGCCAAAGACUUCAGCUUCAAAGCAUCGAUGAAGGGAAUAUUUGACAAGAGCACUGAACUAGAAGAAACCACUAAGUAGGAUCCAGUAUAGUAAUAAUUAUUUUAAAAGAAGCAGAGUAUUCAGAAUGGCUUAACUUCAGUAUUUUAGUCAAGAACACUUGAAAAUACCUGAAUACUUGUCUUUAAAUACAUACAUCUACAUUUUAGAACAGUAUUUACUUACUGUUCAGGAUACUGUAGAUGUGUUUGUGUAAUGUUUUUAUCCAUUAUACAGCACUGGUCCAUCAGAUCAAGUAUCCUUCAGUGGCCAAUUCCUGAUAUUUCAUAGGAAAGCAAAACAAACAAACAAAAAGCCCCAUGCAGCAUUAUACAUGGUGUUGUAGAGAUUUUUCUUCCUGACCCAUGGGGCUAUCAAUGUAAUCCCUAAAAGAGGAGAUUUGAUGGCUCUACUUACUGGGAACUUUAAACACAGUGUUAUUUUGGAGAACUGUAAAAAAAUGACAGGAGCAUGGAUUUAACUAAAGCACAAAAUCUGAGCCUAGUUUUCAGAUUUCCAGGAUCCCUUUCAUCCAAACAGGGCCGGCUCCAGACCCCAGCGUGCCAGCGUGCGGGGGAUGCUCCACCGGAGCCGUGGGACCAGCGGACCCUCCGCAGGCACGUCUGCAGGAGGUCCACCGGAGCCGUGGGACCGGCAACCGCCAGAGCGCCCCCCGCAGCAUGCCGCCGUGCUUGGGGCGGCGAAAUUGCUAGAGCCGCCCCUGCAUCCAAAUUACUAUCCUGCUCACCUUUGGUGGUGGAUUAUAUUUUGGACUGUUCAGUCGUAGGAAUACUAAAUAUGAGGCCAUAUUUAUUCCUUUUAUUCCACUGGACAAAUGUUGUACUGCAGAGAGCAGAUGCAUCAUUCUCAUAUGUAUAAUGGGUAGAGGCAGACAAGCACUGGAAAGAUGGCAGAAAGAAAUGGUUUUAGAAGAUGGACAUGCGAUUUUGUUUGGGGUUUUUUAGUUCUCAAUGAGAAUUACGAUUUGCUUUCCUUGUUUUGUUUUUACUUAGAGGCAUUGUACAGCCACUGAGAUUAAAAGGAUGAGAUAGAACAUAAAUACUGUAUUGCCACUUAAUAUUGACGUUAUACAGGAUUCAUCUUUUAGACACAGAAAAUGUUUGUGAGUUGGAUUUUUACAAGGGAGUAUGUCUUUUUGUGGUGUUAAAGCAAUAGCUACCUCAGUGCAAGUAUUUCUUGGAGUUUAACUCGUUAAAUCUUAAAAUAACACUAUUUAGCACUUAUAUAGCACUUUUCAUGUUCCAAGCGCUGUACAAACAUGAAUUAAUCCUUACAGCCCACUAGCACCAAGAGGCAGGUAGGUGGGUAAGCAGUAUCAUCCCCAUUUUUGCUGAAGCAUUAAAGUGAAAGGCCAAGUUUGUCCAGAAGUUCACUCAUUUUGUG